AGGAGCGCAAAUAUAUUUACCCAUUUCAUUAAAAAAAAAUAUUAAAAGUUAAAGCUGCACACACAAAAAAUUCUCUCUGAGCAAAGGUUAAACACAAUUACAAAAUGGCAGGGAAAACAAUAUGUAUUUUUUUUUUUUUUUCAAGCUUUUACAAUCAAACUUACUGGAUCAUCUGUGUCCUUAGAUCAAGUUUUAGAUAGAUAGAUCACACUCUUUUUGCUGAUUUUAACAUAAAGUAAAUAAUGAAAAAUUUCCUUUUGGUAAAAUAAAAAAGAAUGCUCUUUAUUUUUGCUUUUUUUUUUUUUCAGAUGAAUAUUUUUGUACACAUUUUUCUGCACAGUUGGGGUACAAUCCCCAACUUUAUUUAUUUCUUUUUUUUUUAAAUCCUUUAAAGGGUUAGUUCACCCAAAAAUGAAAAUUCAUUUACUCACCCUCAUGUUAUUCCAAGCCUGUAAGACUUCGGAACAUACAACUUCGGAUAUUUUUAAUGAAAACUGAGAGAUUUCUGUGCCUCCAUUGACUGUCCACGCAACUACCACUUUGAUGCUUCAAAAAGUUGAUUGUCAAACUAAUCCAUAUGAAUUGAGCGGUUUAGUCCAAAUUAUUUGAAGAGACGCAAUCGCUUUAUAUGAUGAACAGGUUUAAUUUUGGCUUUUAUUCACAUAUGGAUCUCGGCCGUUUUCCUCUACUUGUUGCCAAUGUUUUUCUGCCACCACAAUGCAUACUGCAAGGGACAUAACUGUGAUGUCUUCUUCUUCUUCAUUUUAUUAGCGGAACCAAAUCUUGAGCAUUAAUGCCACUUUCUGUUAGCAUGAUCGGGAGACUCUAACUACUACCCCUCCCCCAGCCAACAAGAGCCAUUGCUCUAGUCAGCGCAUAUGGCAAGCCGUUUUAGUUUAAAAAGUUCCCAGCAUUACUGAAUGUAAUUGCAUUUUAACUUGUAACAAUUAAAUUAGAGAGUUCUAAAAAAAGAAUUCUUACUAGUAAAAAUACAAUUACGACACGUAAUGCUGGGAAUAUUAAAGCUAAAACGGCUUGUCAUAAGCGCUGUGUUCAGCUCCUCUGGCUUCUGCUCAUUACUCCCCCAAGCCAGAGGAGGAUGGAGAAGAAAAACAACAACAACAGCAACAACAAAAAACCUUAUAUCCUGUUAAUUAGAGAUGUAUUCCCCAAAAAGUUUAACAAUGCUUCUCUAUUAUUACUUGUUCUGGAUUUAAUAGGUACUUCAAUGAGAUAUCAUUCACAUCUUUCCUCCUCAUUUCUUCUAAUAACAUUACUCUUUCUUCUAUGUAGUACUUUUUGCAAUACAUAAUGACGUUUUACUGUUUCAUUUCCUCCACACCAUUCACAAUGAACUGUGACGUCUGUCCCCAUAUGAUCUAUUUAGUCGGCUAUUAUCAUGAUCUGUGUUUUUUUUUUUAUUAAAAACUGUUUGACAGGGUAAAUGUCAAGGAUUCAUUUAAAAGCCUAAAUUUAUUUUACUUUGUGAAGAUUUUGUUUUUGUUGUCGCAUUUCAUCCACUCAUUUUGUCCACUCAAAAUCUACCACAUUUUUAAAAUGUUCUGUUUUGUUCCGCCGCCUUCUCGGUAUAUGGAGCACUCAUUGCUUACUGAAACAGAAAGACGUUUUUGCUUGUGCGCCAGAUUUAAAUGUAGAAAGCGCUAGAUUUUUUGAUAGAAUUUUUUUUUCACACAAACAUUUGAAUGGCUUCAGACGAGUCUACCUAGAAAAACUUACAUACAUUUAUGUGUAAUACAAUGUAUUUCAUAGUUACCACAAAAACCUCUUUUCAAAAUGUGUCUGUCAAACAAUUUUCUUGUCUUAAAGUAAAUCAACCAAUCAACACAGUCUAUAAUUACCUCAAGAUUAAAUAAUCACGGCAGGAUUAGGUAACCUGCACUGAAACAUUUUUGAGCAAAUCUAUUCAGAAAAUGAUUGUUUCCUGUAAUUUUGCCACCUAACAUAUUAUAAGAAUAAUCAAGAAUAAAGGUAGGCGUGACCACAUUCCAUGAGUGUGACACCAGUAUUAUGAUGAUCAUUGUGAGAUAUAUAAGCAGGAAGGACCUGAUUAAAAUGCAAGUUCAAAAAAAUUCAGAUUCUCCAUCUGAUAGCCUACUCAACACCACCUUACUUUUUUAAUAAUUUCUUGUCAAGUAGUCCACUAAGCACAAAAAUUAAUAUAGUCAGUUUAUUUGCAUGGACAUUUAGUAGUGGGGAUGCAUUAGUUGUAACAUGUAUGUUCUGAUUUAGUUUCGUUUUCACUGUGUUUCCUGUUAUGGUUUGCCUGGGGCACGUUCAAGCUCAAACCGUUUUGCUACGGUUUUCAGGUUGAAGGACAUGUUUCCUGGAAACGGUGUGCAACGGGUUUGAGGCAAGUUUUCUCUUGUUUGGUGGGUGUGUCAAAAAUAUCAUCAAUCAGCAUCAACAUACAUAUAAACCACGCGGUAUUAAAGAAACAGCUCGUAUAUGUAAUUAACAUCAAAAUAAAUUCACAAGAGCAAGUAUAUUGUUUGCACAUGUUUAUUUACAUUAAUAACUUACAUAAUAAGAGCACAAGUAUAGAUCUGGAACUUCUUUAAGUCUGUCUAAAUAUCAUUUAGUAAUUGCAAUGUCUUCUGGUCCAUAUCCUUUCCUUAGGAAGGUGUGCUAGACGCUGAUUAAUGUAACAUAAAAAUACUAUACUUAUAUAUUUUGCUAUUGUAUUGUGAAGUGAUACUUUCAUAAACUUUUAUAAACAUAAAGGCAAAUGUUGGAUCACAACAAUCUCUAAAAACGCGCUGUAUUCUCAUCUCGCGAUUGGCAAUGUCUUCGAGGAGCGCCAAUGCUGCCAUUCUGCCUUUUGCAAACCACUGCAUUAUAGGCCAUUUUCUAGCCUAGAUUAGUCUAAAUAAUUUACACAUGUGGAAUCAAAGUAGGCCUAUACAUGCUAAAUAAUUUAACUUUAAUGCCAUGUAAUUACACUGUAAAAAGUAUUACGCUAUAUCUACUCAAAAUUGUGGCAACAGAUUACAAGCAAUAUUAAUUAAAUUCAACAUAUAAGAAUUGAGUUAGAAUUAAUCAAAUUAAUUCCUUAAAAGUCAACCAUUUAAAAUGUGUAAAAAUAGCAAACACCAUUACAAAAACCACAAACUGACAUAAAAAGCAAGAAGUCAAACUGGCCAACUUAAUGAAACACUGAUCACCAUAAUGUUGACCAAACAUUUUCAAUAAAAUCAACAUCAACAUCUAAACCUCUGAUAAUUCUUGUGUUUCUUUUGGCUUCAGUGAUUCUACUUGUUAUCAUCAGGUGUCUUCAAUGUUGGCAAUAAAAAAUAAAGAGUUUUUAAUUCAUCUUUGACAUCUGUCUGUUAUUCAGAUAUUUUUGUUUAAAUUUUACUUAAAUUUUACUCGUUUUAAAUGGUUGACAUUUAAGGAAUUAAUUUGAUUCAUUCUAACUCAAUUCUAUUUGUUGAAUUUAAUUAAUAAUAAUUAUUAAUUAUUUUGAACAAGUAUUUUGUAAAGUUAUUUUUUCAGGCUAUUUUUAAAACGUUUGCUGCAUGGUUAAGGUACGCUAAAUAUCAGUCAAAACUGUGUUGAGAAAAAAACCCAGAAUAACAGACCAGUGUGUAAAACACUUAAACAUAUUUUAAAGAGUCUUUAUGCCACAAACUUUACAUACUUCACACACUUUUGAAAAUCCAGCGUUUAGCUGAUUCUGAUAAGCGCUCAUUGUCACAGUUGUAAACAUGACGGUGUUCUUCUUCCAUGAGGGGGUUUGGCAUCACAGCAUCUUUGUUUCCAGUCAGACUGUUAAAGAACAUGACACACGUCUCCCGGAAAUCCUGUAGAAUUCAACCAAUCAGAUGACGGCUUCAAUUUUGUGUGCCAUAUGCAUCAGACGUUCAACUGUCUAUGGGCGUGACGUCUGAGGCUGAGACUACCCCACACCCUGACAGACAGUUUUUCACGACCAAUGAUAAAGACCUUUCUCCACGCCACUACCUUUCGUCACGCCCAUUACUCCAACCUGCAGAUACCCACACUUGCAUGUGACGAGUCUCCAGGAGAAUCAUAUGCUAGCCAGAAGAGAACACGUUAGGGAAAUGCUAACUUUAGCCUGCUAGCAUUGAAAGCAUAUGAUCCCACCCUCCCUGCAAAUCAACGUCCAAAGCCACGCCUCCUCCAAAACACAUGAACGCGCACAGACCAGGGGCCUCACUUAUAAAGUGUGCGUACACACAGAUUUGAUCUUAAAGUGUGCGUAUGCUUAAAUCCACGCCAACACUCAUAUUUAUAAAAAUGGUCUUUGACGUGGAAAAGCGUCACAUCAGGGUCUGAGCAGACAUAAGCACUUUUUUCCUUGUCAGAUCACUGCAGGUUUUUGGAAAUCUAAGCUAUUCUUGCAGCUCGCCAUUCUAAAUUAAAGGAUUUGGACGAUGACUGGUGAUCUUUUUUUAUGUUAAUGACAUUAAUUAGGACAUUAACACUGUUGCCAGUAAUUUACUGUUGAUUGUACAGUUAUUUGCUGUAAUCUACAGUAUGUUACUGUAAAGAUACCAUGCACUAAAUUAAAACUCAUUACCUCAUUUCAUUUGCAGAAACCGACUGCCUAAAUUGUCAGACUGACAUUUAAAUUUGCAAACUAAUAUUUAUUACAUGUUAAUAAUGUGAGCAUAUUAUUACUAUGAACUUAUUUCAUUAGUCCACUAAAAACAUUUCAAAUAAAGAAAUUUUUAUUGCAUCAGCAGCUACACAGUCACCAUCUGUUAAAUAAAACAGCAUGCAGCAUACCAUCAAUGUUUCUUGAUCUUCUCCUGCACUUAAGCACAUGGCUCUACACUUCAGCACAAUGUUGACCGACAAAAUAUACAGUAUAUAAGUAUAUAACAGUAUAUAAGUGUUUUUUUAACUUACAGUUUGUUACUGUUAAAAUACAUUUUGUGGGUGUGUCUUUUUAUCUUACACAUUUAACCCUUUCAACCCCACAGGAACAUCCUCUAGUUGCCACACUACAGAGUAAAAGUAACAUUGAUGCUGUGUUGCAGCGAGAUAAUUAAGUUAUUAUGUAAGUGAUGAUUGAGCAUUAAUGAUGAACACCUGCUGUUAACAAAGAGAAUCUGAGGAGAGGAGAUGAGGAGAUCAGUGUUUGCUUUAGUUGAGCUCUUGACCCUUGACUUUUUAUACAUCAGUUUUUGUUUUUUUCUUUGGCUGCUUAAACUAUUUUUGGAAACCACAUUUGUUAUGGAAGAAACAAAUGUGGAGGAAAAAAAAAAAAUCAUUGAGUGCUGAUAAUUAUGUGUUGAUGAAGAUAUAACAAUCACCUAAUCUCUUGAUUCAUUGAACUCAUACUGUGUUUAAUCCCUUGUUUCAUUAUUAACAGACUAAAAUUUUACAUUAUUACCAUUGUGAAACUACAGCAGGAGUUCCAACAACAAUCAGUUAAAAAGAUCUUUUUAAACACCAUGCACAAAAAAACAGUUGCAGCAUUAUUUAGACACGCAGAUAUCAAAAAUCAGCACAUCAAUCUCAAAAAUGGUGGCAAUAAAAAGUAGGGAUGUAGGGAAUGUAGGGAAUAGUGAAUGAGGGUGUAGGGUGUGAUUUGGAACACAGCCUCUGAGUGUCGAAUUUGAGCGCUGUUAAUGCUGCGUUCCAGGCAGGUUUUUGAGCCCGUAAGUCACGACUUCAAGGACUUUAAGGAUUACACUUACAUUUCUGAUUCCAUAUGUUCUUCAGGUUCCAACUGAUAAGUAUGAGCAUAAUCAUCAUAAGUAUUAGUAUCUGUAUCUGGCACAUGCUGAUCUGGUUGAACAACAGUCAGAGCAAAUGUUUGCUUCUCUGUUGUUGUGGCUUCACCCAAGGCUUACAAUCAUGGCGUACAUGCCACAGUAAUAACAAACUAUUUCUUGGGCUUUGUUGUUGAGUCAACUGUGGAUUCACUUCUGCUUUCUGGUCAUAUACUUCCCCUGAGAUUUCUUCCCUGUAAACAUAGCAGUCUCAGUUUUAACCGUGAAACCUCCAGAUGAGUCUAGUUCCCUAACUCGCUUCACGUAUUGCAUCUAUAUCCAUGUCGAAUAAAUUGGUAGUUGUAAUUCUGAUAAGUUUCGCUUGUUUGCAUUGCAUAUUAUUCACGAAGGUAUUUAUGAGUCGUAUGCUCUCCAAACGCUCUAAUGAAGGUCAAUUGUCUUGAAAAGCUCAGAGGGAGAGUCCCAAAGUGCCCUAAGGACUGUGGAGAGAUCCCAUGAUGGAACCAAACAAGGGUGGAGAGGAGUUAACUUUUUAGCCCCUCUGACAAACUUAACAACCAGAUUAUUUUCCAAAAGAUUGGCCAGCCAUCAGGAUGUUAUUUGUCACAAUGACUCCCAUGUAUAUCUUGAACAUAAAGAGAGCAUACUCACAAUCUCCUGCAGAAACAUAAAAACUGACACAAUUUCAUAACUAACACUGUACUGCAGAAAUCAAUUAGAAUCAGGGGAAAGAAAAAAAAAAAUGAUAUGAGCAAUCAGCAUAUGAAUCUCAACAAUGGUGACAACAAAAUAUUCAGACAAUCAGAUCAACUCUGGACAUCACAAAAAGCUACUAAAACACAGAACAAAAACCACAUCAAAAAAUAAAAGAAAAUAGAAUUAAUAAAUAAGAAAAUAAUAAGACAAAUCAGCUGCAUAAUUUAUUUAUGCUGUGAUGCAGGCUGGGAGAUUUGUACUAUUGUUCCCAGCAUGCAUUGCGGCAUGACACUUUUGAUUGUCACCAUUGUUGAGAUUCAUGUGGUGAUUCUUGAUGUCUUUGUGUGUCAUCUUAUAUUUUUAUAUAUACAUUUCAUAUAUAUGUUCUAAUUGAUUUCUGCAAUAUAGUAUGAUCUCAUGUUGUAGUAGUGCAUGGUUUAUACUUUUAUGUGUUUGGGUUGUUCUUUGAUGUAACAGUGUUGUUUUGGUGGCAUGAAAACGCAAACUUUUGGGACCGAUGUUGUUAUUUCUGUGUCAAAGGCAAAAGUGUGAAAAUGUAUGGAAACAUACAUGUUCAGUCUAUCCACCUUAUCUUUCAAUGUGGAAAUAGGGUGUUUUCUGUGAAUGUGCAAGAGUUCCGAUUUAUUAGCCACGAUAGGGAAAUAAUGAGAAGAAUAUCAAAGUGCAGUAAACUGUAAAAAUAAGGUGGAUAGGCAUGCGAGAGGCGAGUGCUCUGUAAAAGAAUGCGUAUAUGCGCAGGCAUCGCCAACUACUUGUUUGGCAUGCGUAAUACAGCGUUUUUAGUCGUUUGCGCGGAUCUGUGUGAACAAGGAUAGUUUUGAUAAUGUUGUCAUCUUUACAAAGAAAAACUUUUCCACUUUUAGUACAUUGUUGUCAUGUAAAUGUACCCUUAGUGUUAGUUUUUCUCUUGCUGCCGAAAUUUUGAUGAAGAGGUUGUCAGCCAUCAUCUAAUGGUCUAAUCUUACACAGAGAGGUUUUUUUUUUUGAUCAUGUAGUAAUGCAGUUAACGCAGUUAACAUUAAAAAGUCAGAGUCAAACUGCUCAACAAAUCUGGAACAAAUCUGACCGUCAAAAAAAAAAAAAAAAAAAAACGGCCAUCACUGAAAUCUCGUAACCGAAUAAAACAGAUGUCAUUAAAAUCUUAUAACCGAAUAAAACCGACCAUCAUUGAAAUCUCGUAAUGGAACAAAACCGACUGUCUUUGAAAUCUCGUAAAAGAGCAAAGGAACAAAACCGACCAUCUUACAAAACCAACUGACACUGAAAACCGACUGUCAUUGAGAUCUUAUAACCGAACAACACCAACUGUUAUUAAAAUCUCGUUAAGAAACAAAGCUGACCAUCAUUAAAAUCUCGUUAGGAGACAAAAACAAGUGGCGCUGAAAUCUCGUAAUGGAAAAAAACGGCCAUUAUUUAAAUCUCGUAAAGGAACAAAGGAACAAAACCUACCAUCAUUGAGAUUAAAUAAAAACCGAAGAAAUAAAGAAAUAAAUAAAACUGACCAUCGUUGAACUCUCAUAAGGUCUGGGACACACUAGACAAUUUUAAAACUGUGGGAGACCACAGACAUUAUGACAGUUUCAACCGAUUUUUAGGGCACAAGCACCGAUGGUGUGAAGACCCUAUUGGAAUUGCUCAGUUUAUUAUUAUUAUUAUUAUUAUUAUUAUUAGGGCCCGAGCACUGAUGGAGUGAGGGCCCUAUUGUAAUUACUCAGUCAAUUCUUCUUCUUCUCCUAAAUAAAAUCACAUUUUUGAGGGCCUAAACAUGCUCGAAAACUCAUGAAACUUUGCACAUGCGUCAGAAGUGGUGAAAAUUUAUGUCAGAUAUGGGUUUCUGAAUUAGGUGUGGCAAAAUGGCUCGAUAGCGGCACCUACAAAAUUUCAAUUAAGCGCCUUUCACGCUAUGUUUCACAUACAGGUAUGAAAUUCGGUAGACAGAUGUAACAGCCCAAUACCUACAAAAAAGUCCCUGGGUGCAAAAUCUGAAAACCCAACAGAUAUUUUGAAUUUUCUCUGCAAAAUUUUAGCAGUUUUUGCCAUUUCCAGAUGUUGUACUUUAACAAACUCCUCCUAGAGCUUUAAUCAGAUCAACAUCACAUUUGGUCAGUCUAAUCUAAAGGCCUUUGCGAAGUUAAAUUGCGAAGAUCUUGAGUUUUCACUGAAGGGCGUGUCUGUGGCGGCCUGACAAAGUUCGAUGUUUCGCCAUGAAACAGAAAGUUGUUGUAACUCAGGCAUGCAGUGUCCGAUCUGCCCCAAACUUCACAUGUUUUAUUAGAGUCCUGGCCUGAAGACAUCUACAUGCCAAUAUCAGUUGCAGUCAUAGAAAUUACAUGUUUUACACUGUGAUUAACUCCUCGUAGAGAUUUAACCAGAUCAAAAUCAUAUUUGGUCAGUCUAAUCUUAAGGCCUUAACAAUGUUAACUUGCGAAGGCCUUGAGUUUUCACUGAAAACUCAUCUGUGGCGGCCUGACAAAGUCUGAUGUUUUGCCAUGGAAGAGGAAGUUGUUGUAACUCAGGCAUACAAUGUCCGAUCUGCCCCAAACUUCACAUGUGUGAUAAGAGUCCUGGCCUGAAGACAUCUAUAUGCUAAUAUUUAGAUAGUCAUAGUGCUACCUGCUGGCAAGGAAAUGGCAUGCUUUGCACAGUAAUUCACUCCCAGAAACACGUUUGUAUAUGCCAUGAAAUACCAAACAUACUAGAAACAUGUUAAAUCAUGCAACACUUGGCUAAGUGCUAAUGUAUGCAAUUAACGCCACGAAACAGGAAGUUGUUGUAACUCAGGCAUACAAUGUUCAAUCUGCUCCAAACUUCACAGUUUGAUAAUAGUCCUGGCCUGAAGACAUCUACAUGGCAAUAUUCAGUAAUAGUUAAAGCGCCACCUGUUGGCAGCAGGAAGUGGGGCACGUCGAAAUGACUUUGCCAUAUUUCAACUAUAUUUACUCGCAUACAUGCAUGUCACCCACUAUUCACUGUUUUCCUAAGGUCACCGGGUGGUGGUGGCCCCGGGUGCGAGGGCCCUUUCAUCGCUGCUUGCAGCUUUAAUUAGCAUUAUAACUCUCUGAACACACACACUAGAUGAUUUGACCGGACCACGAGACCACACACCUGUUGAUUGCAGGAACGAUUUCAUAGUGACAUGAGAUCUCGCAGAGACUCGUGAGAUUAAACGUGACUUGAGAAAAAAAUCAAAUGGAGAAUAAUCAACGUUGUCAGCUGGUGUUCUACCACACGUUCUGCUUUACAGUGGAAAAACACAACAGAAAAAAUGGGAUGUGUGUAAUCUUCUUUCUCAAUACUUGACUUUUGUGGCAUGUUUGUGGCUGCCAAGUUUCAGCUAUAGAAUCAUUGAAAUCUCAUUAAGGAACAAAACCGACCGUCAUUGAAAUUUCAUAACUGAAUAAAACUGACCGUCAUUGAAAUCUUGUAACAGAACAAAACUGACCAUCAUUGAAAUCUCUUAAUGGAACAAAACCAACUGUAAUUAAAAUCUCGUAAAAGAACAGAACAUACAGUACUGAAAUCUCAUAAUCGAACAAAACCGACCAUCAUUGAAAUCUCGUAACGAAAAAAAAUGACUGUCUUUGAAUUCUCAUAACAGAACAAAACCAACUGACACUGAAAACCAACCGUCACUGAGAUCUCGUUAGGACACAAAACCAAGUGGCACUGAAAUCUCGUAAUAGAAAAAAACUAAUUUAUUAAAUCUUGUAAAGGAACAAAACCGACCGUCAUUGAAAUCUCAUAAACCAGCAAAACCGGCCGUCAUUGAAAUCUUGUAAUGGAAGAAAACCAACUGUCAUUAAAAUCUCAUAACAAAACAAAACCGUCAACCAUUGAGAUCUUAUAAAGGAACAAAACUGACUGUCAUUGAGAUCUAGUAAAGGACCAAAAUCAACCAUCAUUGAAAUUUCGUAAAAAGAAAGGAAAAAGGAACAAAACCGACUGUUAUUGAGAUCUCAUAAAGAAAUAAAACCGACCAUCAUUGACUGUCUUUGAAAUCUCUCAGUUGGUUUGAAUCCUUGUAUCAUUCGUUCAGUCGUUUUUUGAUUUAAUAUUUAAAGUAGAAUUUUUUUUUUUUUCAAAAAAACAAAAAACAAGAAUUAAACUUAAUUUUUCAUCUUUUUUUUUAAUGAAACAAACUUGUAACGAAACAAAACCGACCAUUAUUAAAAUGUCAUAAUGGAACAAAACAGGCCAUCACUGAGAUCUCAUAAAGGAACAAAACCGACCGUCAUUGAAAUCUCAUAGUGUAACAAAACUGAUAGUCAUUGAGUUUUCAUAAAGGAAUGUAACUGACUGCUAUUGAGAUCUCCUAAAGGCACAAAUAUGACCAUCAUUGAAAUCUAAUAGUGAAGUGAAACAAGAUCUCGCAACUGAACAAAACCAACUGUCACUGAAAUCUUAUGAUGGAACAAAACCAAUUAGAAGAUUAAAAAAACACACACAAAUAUGAUUCAAAGGUGACACACAAAGACAUCAAGAAUCAGCACAUGAAUCUCAACAAAGGUGACAAUCAAAAGUGUCAUGCCGCAAUGCAUGCUGGGAACAAUAGUACAAAACUCCCAGCAUGCAUCACAGCAUGAACAAAUUAUGCAGCUGAAUUGUCCUAUUAUUUCCUUUUUAUUAUAUUUUUUGCUGUGGUUUUUGUUCUGUCUUUUAGCUUUUUGUGAUGUUCAGAGUUGAUCUGAUUGUCUGAAUAUUUUGUUGUCACUAUUGUUGAGAUUCAUACUGUGAUUGCUCAUAUCUGUGUUUGUCAGUGUAGUUUAUUGUUUUCUGCUAUCUUCUAUGCAAUCUUCUCAUGAAUCUCUACUUGCUCUUUUUGUAGAAUUGUCUGCUCUCCUGGAUUUAACAUUGCCAGAAGCUUUCAACCACCAGAUUUUCACAAUUAGUUGAUGAAAUAACAUUGUAGGCCUUUAAAUUUUAAAGAAAUUACAGAUUCUUGUUUCAUGUGAUAGCAUUUUAAGCUGAUUUUAAUCAGGAAGUUCUCUAUAAUUGUAUUAUUUAUUAGUUAUUUUUGUAAAUAGGUAGGCUAUUCAUUGAAUUUUAAUUCGUGAACCACUACUGAUCUCCCACUGUCAGAAACAUAAAUCGGCACCUAUGACUGCAUUUAUCCCAAUAAAAUCCAGCCCUUUUGAACACUUUUGACCUUAAGCUGCUCUAGAGAGAUAGCAACAGAAGUGGAAUGAAAGGAAAAAGGUCUGAUGAAAUCCUGUAGAACAGGUUGUGAAAGAAUUACCUGCACGUGUGCAUCUGAUAACUGUGUACAGGCAAAGUUGUCGACAGCCUGUCACUUUUGUCACUUUGAUGAGAGCACCGACCGCCAUUUGGGAAGUUGUCUUAUUUUAAUUGAGUCUAGACUGUUCAGUUGUAUACAAUUUUAGGAAAGUCUAUUUUGUGAUCCUGUAGGUCAGAUGCAGUUGUUUAUAUUGCUCUGAGUGGAGUAAUUUCAUGGUGUCCUUUAUAUGAUUUGUGUGAGUUUCCAUGUAUAGGAGGAGGAACUCUUGUAAGAAUGAAAAGAUUGUGGCUUCACCUCAAACUGAAAAAUGUCUGUUUCGUCAGUUUUACACUAGCAAUCAUUAUAUGCUGUUUUAUGACCAUAACUUUAAGAGUAAAUGAAGAAGGAAAAGGAGGACAGGAAGCAGGAUUGUCGGAAAGGCUGCGGCUGACAGUAAAAUAUGGCAUUAACUGCACAGCAAUAUAUGAAAUGGAACCUGUGGAAGUGGGCAAAACUUUAGUCAUCCGCAAGCAAAAAACCUAUGUAGGGGCAACUGACGAGACUAUUGUAAAUGCCACCUCUGAUUGUGAUUGGUUUGUUGUGACACAGGGCUAUGCUGGGAUUCAAGGCACUGAAUUUGAGCGUGAAUUUCCUCUUGCUUUCUCUUUGGUUGUUCACCAGGAUGCGGCUCUUGUAGAGAGGUUGCUCAGGGCCAUUUAUAUGCCCCAUAACAUAUAUUGCAUACAUUAUGAUCUGAAGUCUUCAGCUGACUUUAUUUCAGCAAUUAAAGGUCUGGCCCGCUGCAUCCCCAACGUCUUCAUUGCCUCAAAACUGGAGAGGGUUCAAUAUGCAGGCAUCUCACGACUCAGAGCGGAUCUCAACUGCCUGUCUGACCUCCUAGAUUCUGAGGUUAAGUGGAAGUAUGUCAUCAACCUGUGUGGUCAGGACUUUCCACUGCGGACAAACGCCGAGCUGGUGUCGGAUCUAAAGGAGCUGAAAGGCAGGAACAUGGUGGAGAGCAAGCGGCCUGGAGGAAAGAAAUGGCGCUGGAGUGUUCAUCAUAUCUUGAAAAAUAACAAUGAGUACUAUGACACACCUGUCAGCACUUCUGAGGAGAAAUCUCCACCUCCUUACAACAUUGAAAUGUUUUCGGGCAGUGCGUACUUUGCUCUCUCAAGGGAAUUUGUGGUUUUUGUUCACUGGAGUUUCCUAGCUAGAGAUUUCUUGGCUUGGUCUGAGGAUACAUACUCACCUGAUGAACAUUUCUGGGCGACUCUGGUUCGUGUUCCUGGAGUACCAGGUGAGGUGCACAGAUCUGAUCCUGAGAUCUCAGAGCUGAUUAGUAAAACUCGUCUAGUGAAGUGGUGGCCCCUUGAAGAGAAACUUUACCCACCGUGCACAGGAGUCCGUGUGCGAGAAGUGUGUAUUUAUGGUGCUGCUGAGCUCAGAUGGCUCCUAAACUACGGCCACUGGUUUGCUAAUAAAGUAGAUCCAAAAGUGGAUCCUGUUCUUAUAGAAUGUUUAGAAGAAAAGCUUGCAGAAAAACAUCUGAAUGUGCAGAGUAAAGUAUAAAUAAUGGAUUCUCAUCCUGGAGUUCAAUGUAAUACUGACUGCCUGGUUGUAUAAGUUAUUCUCUGUUGUUUCCCCUGCUGUGUACAAAGUUGGCUUUUUGAACCACUGUUAAGUCCAGUGGGGGUGUUCUGGUGCAAAUUUACAAAACCAACAUGGUGCAUGGAGAGAAAAAAAAAAAAAAAAUUCAUAACCCAACCAGCAGCACUUGUGGAGGAAAAUGAAAAUGAUGGGGAAACCUUUUGUCACCUAAAAUAUAUAUUACUGAACAAUUAAAAGAGGUGAUAUAACAAAUCUGGUACCGAAAUAUUUUAAAGAAUGUAAUCAUAUGGUCUUUUUUGAUUAUUGGCACUGAACACACAAUUCCCAGUAAAAAGAGGUGACCAAAUUCUAAAAGGAAGAUAAGCAUUUUAGAUUUUUUUAUUUUUUUUUUAUUUCCUGCCAGGAUACAUGAAGAGUUGGGUCUAAAAGAUUUUUUUUUAUGACAUUUUAAAUUAAAAUAUGUAUAUAAAAUAUGUAUAUAUAUGAGUUUGUGUAUAUGAAUGUGUAUUAAAAAAAUAUUAAGGUAUUUAUUAUAAUUUUUUUACAUAUUUAUUUUAUUUUGUAUAAAAUAGGGGUUAAGCAUUUAUCAUAAAGAGUCUUAUUGUUGGUUUAUUGCAAUCUGUCUUGGAUUGCAUUUAAAGGGAUAGUUUACCCAAAAAUAAAAAAAAUCUGUCAUCAUUUACUCAUCCUCAAUUUGUUACUGUGGAAGUCAAUGAGGACCAGAAACAGUUUGCUUACCGACAUUCUUCAGAAUAUCUUCUUUCCAAAAUAUCAAUUUGCAAUGUUUUAGCCCCGAAGGCCUGUGCCGAAAUGUGUUGGCAAAAUAAAUAAUAUAUUUCUUCCAGGGUCAUAUUUUGAUUCUAUCAUUUCUCCACUCCACAGUGCUGCUGGUUUUGUUUUUGUGAUCCAUUGUUAGCAUGGGCUGAUCAAUAGCUCUCGACUGAGCAGCUCUUACUCCUAAAAAAUCUUGCAUAAAUAAAUAAAUAAAUAAAUAAAUUAUAAUUGCUUUAAGUUCUAGCAAUAGUAAAGUUACCACAAUUGAAAAAGGACGCGUGAUCAUAUGUGUAAUGUAGUCCUCAGAAUUACCAUCUACAUUUAUGUGCAUUGUUUUAUUAUCAUGCAGCUCAGCUUCAAACAAUAUGAAUGUAAGAACCAAUAAAGUACUUGAAACUGAAACGAAUGUGUGUAAUCUGCUUAUUAUGAAGGACGAAUGAGACAUCCAAUUAACACUGUCAUGUAGGACACAAUAAUUAAGUGCUUUUCAGCACAUUCCUCUUUUUUAUGUCUAUGUUUACAACAGUGUUAUUUUAGUAUUAUUUAUAUAGCCUACUAUUAUGGUAUUUAUUAAUAUUUUGAGUUAGCUUUUAUUUUUAUGUUUUCAGGUUUCAUUUUAACUUUAGUUUAGGUUUUAAUAAUUUUGUCAUGCAAUUGUCAUGUUUAUUAGUUUAUUAUUUCAAUUUCGCUUUAAUUUAUUUGUAUUUCAGUUAUAGUUUUAGUAAUUUAAGUACCUCAACUCACUUUAUUUCAGUUAGUUGCCAAGGCAAGUUUUUAAAUUUAAUAUUUUUUUUUUAUUUUAUUUCAGCUUUAUUUCAAUUAACAAAACAAGAUUUUUAUUAGUUUUAGUUAACAAUAACAACACUGAUUUACAACUACUUUUUGGGGGGUGUUAAGCAUAUUCUUAUUUUCAGUUUAGUUGUCAUUUGUAACUUUUUAAUACAUUUAAGCUUAAAUAAAUCUUAAUACAUAAAUUACAUACAUUAAACCUAAGUCUACAAUUAAAAAAUGGACAUAACCCCAAAUUAUAUUACAAAACUUUUUUACAGCUCGUUUUACAACUGAAUUUAGC